GCGGAAAUCUGCCCACGAAUAAUAUUGUUCGACUUUGCGACACAAUCGAGUAGUUACAUGCUAAUUUUCUCAGCUGUGCUUUAGUGUUCCCGGAGCUCGAAGUCGACGGUUCCCGUAACCUGGGUGUGUUGCUGAAUUCAGUUUAAGACGAUCUUGGCAUCGCAGAGUAAGUGCGAUCACGCCAUAGUGCACCGAACACCUCAAGCCUUCAGUUUUUAUCAGAGGAAUUUGACGAGCCGAACUUGAUAAGACUUAGCCUGCAGCGUUUCCGAAUUUCACACCUUUCCCCCUCUUUUCAUCCCCUCACGCAUUUAAUGUCUGAAGCUGGCUACAUGCCUCUCAUGUCCAACCCCGAGUACCCCGAUGGGUUGGUAGGGCCCUUAUCGGAAAUCGGGACCGAUGGCGAGUGCGAAGAUUCCCGGGAGAUCGAUCCCACGAGUGGUGUAAAGCGCGGGUUGAAGACGAGGCAUCUAAGCAUGAUGGCACUUGCUGGUAUCAUCGGACCUGGUCUACUCGUUGGAGCGGGAGGUGCUCUGGCGAGUGGUGGUCCGGCUUCGUUGUUGAUUGGGUUCGCUGUCAUUGGAAUUAUUGCUUUCAGUAUUAUGCAGAGUUUAGGGGAACUGACGACUCUGUAUCCAAGUGGCGGCGCCUUCACUUCUUUGGCGGACCGAUUUGUCGAUAAGGCGUUUGGGGUUGCUGUGGGAUGGUACUAUUUCAUCAUCUGGUUUGCGGUUCUUUCGAACGAGUAUAAUGCGGUGACGAGUAUCCUGGUAUUUUGGAGCGAUAAGGUACCCGUUUGGGGCUACUUCUUGAUUCUUUGGACAUUGUUCCUCGGAUUCCAACUUCUGGGAGUCGAAACAUUUGGCGAAGCAGAGUUCUGGCUAGCUUUGAUCAAGCUUCUAGGGCUUGUCAUGUUUUUCUUAUUUUCAAUCGUUUACGCUUCCGGUGGCAUCAACGGAACCGAAGGGAUAGGCUUCAAAUACUGGCAUGACCCCGGCCCCUUCGUAGAAGGCUUCAGGGGCGUCGCGACGGUUUUCGUAUUUUGUUCCACCUUUUACGCCGGCUGCGAGUCCAUCGCCGUUGCCGCGACGGAGACCAAGAAUCCCCGAGUCGCGGUACCACAUGCAAUCAGACAAGUGUUCUGGCGUAUCAUUUUCAUCUACCUCGGAUCUGCCUUCUUUUUCGGCCUUACGUGUCCAUCCAAUGCCGAAGAUCUGGUGAACGGCGGAAGCCGGGCCCUGCAGAGCCCGAUGACGAUCGCCAUCCAGAACGCCGGCUGGGAGGGAGGUGUGCAUUUGAUAAAUGCUUUCAUUCUUAUUACUUGUAUCUCCGCGAUUAACAGCUCCAUCUAUAUUGCCUCGCGCACCAUUCUUUUCAUGGCGCAGGACGGCAAGGCGCCCAAGUUCUUGGGAGGGACGAAUAAGCGAGGUGUUCCGGUGGCAGCGGUCGUAUUUACAAACGCCUGUGGAGCCCUCUCUCUGAUGAAUAUCAGUACGGGAGCGAGCAGGGCAUACAGCUACAUCGUCAACCUGAGUGGUGUGGCGACAUUCCUGGUGUGGGGAGGUAUUUCGUUCACCCAUAUCCGCUUCCGUUCUGCUUGGAAGGCCCAAGGCUACCGUGAACAAGACCUACCAUUUGUUUCGUUCUGGUAUCCCUUGAAUGCGUACUUUGGGCUGGGGGCCAACAUCUUUCUCGCAUUUGUGCAAGGAUGGACGACACUGAGCCCCUUCGAUGCUGGAAACUUUGUUGAUGCGUAUAUCUUAUUGCCUCUGUUCCCGCUUAUUUACUUUGGGUUCAAACUUGUUUUCCGCACGCGGUUUUGGAGAGCAGAGGAGAUUGAUCUGCAGUCUGGGAGACGGCGCGAUCUUGAUGAAAUUAAGGAAUUGACUACAGGGGAACUUGGCGGUCACCAGACCCUGUGGCAGAGGUUUAUGAAGAACCUCUAAAUAUAGAUCUUCCUAGUCAAUAUCGCCGGUGCACAAUGCGUACCUGGCCCUCACUGGAAUAAACAUACGUUGAAUAUGCA